AUGGCCCAAGCCAUCUUGGAGAGGGCAUGCCCGAAGCUCAGAUCCGCUAUAGGAGAUGAAGCCGUGGCGCGUUUGAACUUCACCGGUGACCUGCGUGAGAUGUUGGUGGCGCUGGAGGCCAUCCAGCCGGUGCUGGACAAAGCCGAGAUGCAGCCAUUGAGUCGUCGAUGGGUGUCGAUAUGUCUGCAGCAUGCCUUGAGCAUCGCCUACAAGACCAUAGACAUUGUCGACGAGCUGCAGGACGCGACAGCACAGGCUACUGCAACGUUAUCAGAAUAUAUGUCAGAAAACAACAUGUUCCACAAAUAUAUUGAGGAACGAAAAACUGGGCCAGUUUUUGAGGAAGCAAUGGCUGUGGGAAGAGGAUCAGAUAAAGAGAGGAUAAUAGCCGCCCUGCUAUCUACCCAGCUCAACAUCAUGCAAGUGCACAUCACCAUUCUUCCCAUCUUUGGGCUUGCAUGCAUCGGCAAGACAACCUUGGCACAAAUGGUUUUUAACGAUACCCACUCCCUUCAAGGCUUCGACUUCCGGGUAUGGGUUCAUGUGUCUCCCCAGUUCGACUUCCAUACAAUAGGCAACUCCAUUAUUUGUCAAGUGUCAGGAAGAGGACAAGAAGAGAUCAACCAUGCUUCUUCAGAUGUGGAGGGGAUGGAGAGUAUAAUGAAGUGCCUUCACGAGCUACUUGAUGGUAAGAAGGUGCUCCUUGUGUUGGAUGACCUGUGGGAGGAGGAUUCCAUUCAGUUACAGCUGUUGAAGUCCAUGUUAACUUUCUUGGGAGACAAGAUGGAGGUAAUAGUAACCACAUGCAACCAAGCCAUCGCCAGAAAGAUCUGUACAGUUGAGCCGUACAGGUUAAAUCGGUUGAGUGAUGACACGUGUUGGGAAAUAAUCAAGAAAUUGAUCCGAUUCGAAGGAGGAGGAGAAGAGUUGGAGAAGAUUGGACGGGAAAUAGCAAGCAAGUGCUGUGGUGUACCAUCAGCAGCUCGAGAAUAUGCAGGCAGGCUAGAUUCUUCACGGGAUGUAUGGAGAUGGAAAACAAUCCGGUCUUAUAUUAUGGCUUUUGAAUCAGUUCCGCGGUUACCCCUUUCAAGUGUCGAGCUAAGCUACAGGAGUAUGCCACCAGAUUUGAGGCUAUGCUUUGCUUAUUGUUGUCAAAUCUUCCCAACCAGCCACAUCAUAGUCAAAGAUGACCUGGUUCAUCACUGGAUUGCUCUUCACCUCAUUGAGCCAUCUAAAAUAUUGUCUGCCACACAGAUAGCUGAGGAGCAUAUUACCAGGCUUCAGGACAUGAAAGAGGAUCCUAAUCGGCUGUUCGAUCACGCGCUAGAAUCGGCCGUGUUGGUCGAGCCCCACACGCUCCCCAAGUCGCUGGCUCCCUUCGACAUUAUCCAUUCGUGA